AUGGCGGAAGGGCUGGCCUUUGUGUACGGCUGGGUGAGCGGCAUUGCCGCCGUCCUCAUAUGGAUUCUCUACGGCACGGACACGCUGCCUCAGCUCAUGCGCAGCGCCAGGAACGUGUGUGCGCACGUUCCAAUUCUGUCCUACCUCGUCAAGGGAAUGGCAGCGCAGCAGACCGGCGACAACACAUCGGUGUUGCACUCAUUCUUUCGAUUCGAUGGAACGGGUGCCGAUCAGGCCUUGGAGGGCCUGCGAGGGAGCCCCAUGCGAGUGAAGCCAAUCACGGCGUCAGCGGCGUGUAUGAUGAGUUGGUACGGUCCAGAUGGGACCAUCGGCCCCCCGGUCGAGUGCCUGCUGUCACUGGAGAACAAUUUGGUCACCGUCUAUCAGCUUCUGCACUUGACAGACAGCGGCACCGCCAUCAUGGCGUCUGGCUCGUCCAGCCGCGGAGGCUUUCAGUCGAAGUCGAAGGACGCGCACCGCGACUCCAAGUUUUUCCGUACCGCCCCAGGCUCCACGGUGGUGGAGCACAGCAAGGGCAAGGUGUGCUUGCUGAACACCACCGUCAUGGAGGUAAGGCAGUUUAACGCCCCCAAAAAGACGGCAACAGUCGCGGGCGACCAACUGAAGCCAGGCGCCGGUGAUCGCGGCGCCCGUGGAGCGAGUGCCGGCGAAGCCGCCUCUGCAAAGGUCUCUUCAAAGACCCCGUCAUCUUCCGGCUGUCCGGGGACAUUCAGCGACGGCGGGCUUGACAGCAGUGGUGCCCAGGUAACCGAGCACUUGGAGGAGACCCUGAGUGAAUCGACGGCAUCCGGGAAGGGCUCGACGAGCAAGCAGAGCCUAGCCGGAAGUGGUGUGGCCGUGCCCGGCGCUUCGGAGGCGACCGCCGCGAAUUCGAUGGCUGGCGGUGGCACAUCCGAUUCGGUUUUCACGGGGCGGGUGCUUAUCUGGCGCACCGUGGAUGGUCGUCCGCUUUUCGACUCAUCCACGCCGCCGCCUCAGUCGUCUCGCGACCGAACAGCCAACAGCACCUUCGCAGACGCCUGCAGCCACUCGGCGCCGUUCUCCACCUCCCAUUCACAUCGUGCUGGUGAGACCCGCACACCCGUCAACGCCCGAUCGACCGAAAGUGUGGAUGGCCGCAGCACCAUCUCCUCGAACAACGCGGAUGAUGGCGAUGAUAUCACCGUCGCUGACGGCGAUGGCAGCAACACAGCUUUUGAGAGACGUCAACAGCAGGCUCACCGUGCUCGCUCUCAUCAGCAGUGGCGGUCAGUGAUGAACGACAUGGCGAGCUGGUCAUGCGUGAUUAUCAAAUUCGAGCGCUCGCGCGAGUGCGAACGGUGGCACACACUCUUGUCCGGGCUCAAGGAAGCAGAAGCGUGGCACAAAUAUGCCAAGACCCUGCCCAACCCCGACACCAUCAACACGUUCCUCAGCCGCUUCUUCUUCCAAAACAUGCGCCUCGACGCCUUCUCCGGCACCCUGAUCGAGCUAAUUCGAAAGCAGCUGCGAGACCUGCCGUUGAAGAAGUUCCCGCGCGACCUCGGUGGUGACCUCAUCCUUGACGAUCUCCUCAUCGGGACGCAGAUUCCUUGGAUCAGCGACGUGUCGGAGCCAAGGGUGUCGGCCAACGGCGAGGUCGGCUUCGACUUCAACCUUUUUUACAAGGGCGGCGAGGGGGGUCUCUCGCUGUUCUUCCGACUAGCACUCACCUACUGCGGCAUCCGAAUCCCGCACGUCGUCUUCUCUGUGAAGCUGUUGGAGCUGGAGGCAACCAUGCACGUCAGUAUCGGGCCGCCGCCAUCGAAGGCGUUCUGGGUUGGCGCCCACAAGCCCCCUAUCAUUCGGCUCGAAGUGCACCAGGGCUGCGCCUCUGGGAGGGGCGUGCUGCACCGCGUACUGACGGCGCUCCCAGACCUCAGCAUCAUCAUGACCAACCUCGUCAAGCUGUACCUCUUCUCCGACAUGGUGUUGCCGUACAUGGACGACUUCCCUCUCCCAAGUGUCGUGAAGUCACCAAAGGACUCGUUCGCCGACCUGCGCGUGCGUGCCUUUGACUGGCAGCGUGCAGCGAAGAUCAGCAGCGCACCGCACCGCGGGAGCGUUGCUAGCGGGGCAAGCAGCAACAACGGAAGCCAAGAAGGCAAGACAGCUGAGAGGCGCACAGAGCAGCAGGCCACCAGUGGCCGCGGGAGCCCGCUGACUCCGUGGCGGUCAAGCGUCUACAGCACAGCGACGACGCCGUCAUUCGCCUCUACAAGGCCCACGUCGAAGGGCACAGUGACCUCCGACGGCAGAGACUCCUUGCAGCACGUAAUUGCCGAUAGUCAACCUGCAAGCAGCAGGGUGAAUGCUAGCGCCGGGGUGAAACUUCCCGCACCCGCCUCGGGAGACAGCGACGGCAACACAGGUUCCUUUACCAGCAGCUGUGAUGCCAAUGCAUCUAUCGCCGUCGGCCCGCUACCAACCCUUGGCUUGCACUCCAGCAGAAUAGGGUCGCAGGGGGCCCGAGAUUCACCGACGCUGCCGCCGGCUCGUGCCACUCAAGAUCGUGGAGGCGAUCAAACCUGGCUGCCUGCCACGCACCCGUGGAACCAUCCCGGCUCAUGCAACGCGUCGGUGUCGAGCAUACCCUUGUCCAACUCUGCGAUGGACGACGACCUCCUCUGCACCAACAGUACUUGCAAUAGCGAGUCCGAUAGGGUCCUGAGCGGCGCAUCCAAGAAGCGCUCUGUCACCUCGGCUGCCAUGCGCAACCUGAAGAACCUGCUCAAGGUAAAGGGCAAGGACAUGACCCGCGAGUCUGUGUCGCGGUCGAAGAAAAAGAGUUGA